AUGUUGAAUCUGGCGGGCUCAGAGCCUGACGAGUGGCAAGCCAACAUUGGCAAGAACGUGAUGGAGGGCUUUGACAAGAUUCGCACUUUUGCCCCUGGUCCGUGCAAAGAAAGCUGCACUAUGGACAUCAUUGAGCAUAAGAACACCCUGCAAGCUAAGCGUUGGUAUCCAACUACAUCUACCCUGCUAAACGGCGAUGUGUUGGUGGUCGGGGGCUCAAACGUUGGUUUAUUGGUUAUCAAUGAAGCUAGUGUCAACGUACCAACAUACGAGGUUGUUAAGAGCGACUUGUCUGCCCGCAAGAAGCCUGUUACUCUUCCGUAUCUUGAAUUUUCAGAUGAAGACAAUCUGAACUUCAACAAGUCGUUUAACUUGUACCCUUCAUUGACCCCUUUGCCUAACUCGCGUCAAGCGGACGAGAUCUUUACUAUCGUCGGCAAUAAAGCCUUCAUCUGGGACUAUACCAAGGACAAACUCGUCGCCGAGUUGCCCGACACCCCUUUGCAGCCCAGGAACUUCCCAUCCUCAGCCUCAGUCAUUCUUUUACCGCUCAAGGCUCCAGACUUCACACCCACGGUCUUGCUUUGCGGUGGAUCCUCUACCGACGUUCCCGAUCCCCAAGCACUUGAUGACUGCUAUACGAUUAAUCCGAGCGACGAAAACCCGAAGUGGGUGCCAACAGACAAUUUACCAAAUGGAGGACAGACUAUGACUGAUGCAAUCCUACUUCCUAACGGUAAGAUACUGUUAAUAAACGGAGCUCAUAAAGGAUCUGCCGGCGGUUGGAUGGCUGACGAUCCCGUCUUGACACCUCUGAUCUAUGAUCAUUCAGCCGCAUCUGGGCAACGAUUUACUUCUAUGCCAAAAACAGACAUUUCACGACUUUACCACUCCGUCGCAAGCCUACUGCCAUCUGGCGAAGUCAUUGUGGCCGGUUCAAACCCUGACGUGUUUUACAACGAUGUUGGUCGGGUUCUUAACUCGUAUCCUUACUUCAAUAACAACGGCCAUCGUUCUGUCUUGGUACAGCAGCAGGAGAAAACCUCAUUGCAUCCCACGGAAUAUCGCGUUGAGGUCUUCUCACCUACAUACAUGGAUGCCAAUAGUCGUCCCGUCAUCAAAACAGGUCCCAAGAACAAUAGUAUCAUGUUCAAUGAAGGUUUUGAAGUUAUCUUGGAAGCUGUCACUGGCAACAACAUUGUUGCUCGUCUGAUUAACCCAGGCUUCCGUACGCAUGGUGUUGGAAUGAACCAGCGCUCAGUGGAGCUCCAGGUCCGGAAAGGAAACUCGAACCAACUUACAAUCACAGCCCCCCCUGAUGGUACUGUCAUGGUAGCUGGGGUACAUAUGUUGUUUAUUGAUAUCGACGGAGUGCCAUCAGAAGCCAUCUGGGUCAAGUUAUCUUAG